GCCAUCCUUUCUUUUCUUUUUUUUUUUUGUACAAGAUGUUCCAAUGGACACAACAUGCUUACGUAUCGCUCAGCUGUACGGAUAGCUGAAAUAGAGCAAUUAGCAAAUUACUGCUUUAGUAACCAUUACGCGGGAAGAAAAAAAAGUCACGUUUCCGCUGUAUCGGGAAGAAGGACAGUCCCAAGUUCGCGUAACAUUAAGUCAUGCAACAUGUUUUUUCAUGUCAAUUAAACACAUACCAAAAUUGGUUUCAUGCUAGUUUAAAAAAUACAUCAGCAUUCGAAAAAUACACUGUGCUUACGAUUAAUUAGAUAAAACUAUACUUGAAGCGUUAUCCAGUCUUUAGAAAAAAAAAUAGAAUGAAAAAAAAAAGGUACGACCAUCGACUGGGGUUUAAUAAGGCGACUUUUUUUUCCUUUGUCUCGAAUCCUCUUUUAACAAAUAAAAUAAUUUUUUCCACAAAAUGUCUGAAGUUGAGGAUCUUACUAAUCUCGCUAAACCAUCUUCUGAUGCCACAUUAACUGUCCGUUGCAUCAAGAACUUUGAAUACCGCACGUGUAAAAACCUUGUGCUUCAACACGUUAACCUCGAAACCUGUACAGUUGGCGAGUUGAAAAAAAUUGUUAUGGACAAAAUUCAUUCACAGUCUGGCUGGAAGCCUUAUUUGAAUGUCCAAUUCGAUACACUUAAGGUUUACACCGUUGCUCACGGACACAAGACUAUGAAUUUAAUUAUAAACGUUGAAGAUGAUGACAAGUUAAUCCUCUUUGAUGAUAGUGCUGUUUUAGCAUGGCAAGGAAUUGAAAACGAGACAGAAUUGUCAUUCUUCAAUUUGAAAGAUUAUCAAGAGUUUAAGAGACACCCUGACGUGAUGAAAUGGUAGAAAGAGAGAGAGAGAUCAUAGAAUAAAUAAUAUUGCUAUUUUUAUAAACUAUUCAAAUGGAAUUAUUUUACCAUAUAUAGUUGUUUCACCAACAUAAAUAAAAUGCCUCGUGUCAUGACGCUCCUCUA